AUGUCAAGUGCUGUCAGUGAUGCUUCUGGUGCUGUUGGGCUCAAGGGGCCCAUUUUUGCAGGCAUUCACAAUCUUCAACUCAUUGCCGGCGCCAUUUUGGCAAUUUUCGUUUUGCGCCUUAUAGUGUUCAGAUUCACGAGCCCACUUGCCAAAUUGCCAGGACCUGAAAUCUCCAAAUGGACAAGGCUUGUCUUCCUGUAUCACUAUUUUGCCGGGGAUGGCACUCGAUAUGUGCACAGCCUUCAUGAGGAAUAUGGUCCGAUUGUUCGCGUGGGCCCCGAGCGAGUCGAUAUUUGCGAUGCCUACGCUGUCAAGGACAUACACAACAUCCACAGCACAUUCCGCAAAUCCAAGUACUAUUCAUAUCUCGUGGGCGGUCGGGUUGAAACCAUGUUCUCAACAAGUGAUCCGAAAUUCCACGGCCAACGUCGACGCUUGCUAGGCAGUGCGCUAUCUGAUUCUGCGCUCGUCAAGCUGGAGACCCAGAUCACCAGCCGUGUUUCGCUAGCUAUCCGGAGGAUUGCGGAGGAAAUGCAAGCUCGCAAAACCGCAGAUAUUCUGAAAUGGUGGUUGUUCAUGGCGACAGAUAUUAUUGGCGAGCUGAGCUUCGGAGAAUCAUUCCAGAUGCUUGAAACAGGAGAGGUACGAUCCACUACCUCUGCUUCGUGGAAAUCAGGCGCAGAACUAACGUGCCACCGCCAGAAAAACGAUUACAUCGCAGCCCUUGAGAGCAUUGCGAGCUCUGAACCUUUCCGCACAAAUUUCCCUCACGCCCUUCCAUGGAUUGCAAGGCUGUUCCCACUCCCAAAGUUCAAACGAGCAUUGAAACUCGUCCAAAGCCUCAUUUUGUACUCGACCCAAUCGCUUCGUCGCUACACGAAAAUGCUCGAGGACAGCCCCAAUCCCAAGCAGACUCUCUUCACCAAGAUCUUCGAAAAGGGGGAUCUCAGCUUCGAGGAGAUCCGCCAGGAAGCCCAGGCCUACAUUGUCGCCGGUAGCGAUACCACAAGCAACACCCUGACUUACCUUGUCUACACCGUCUCCAGGCACCCUGAAAUCCAGGCCAGACUCGUGGCUGAGGUUGCUGCUCUGCCUGAAGGUUACUCCGACAAUGAUUUGCGGGAGUUGCCCUAUCUGAACCAUGUUAUCCUCGAAACACUGCGUCUGCACACUGCUGUGCCAGGAGGUCUUCCUCGAGAUGUUCCGCCCGGGGGUUACAAUUUUAACGGAUUCUUCAUUCCCCCGGCGAUGAUGGUCACUACGCAGGCAUACAGCCUUCACCGCGACCCUGCUGCGUUCCCUGAUCCCGAGAGUUUCCGCCCCGAGCGCUGGGAGGAUCCAACGCAAGCUAUGAAGGACAUGUCCUUUCCGUUUGGUGGCGGCUCACGUAUUUGCAUCGGUAUCCACCUUGCCAAAAUGGAGCUCCGAUUAGCCACAGCGAUGUUUUUCCGCAGGUUCCCGCAUGCUCACAUGUCUUCUCGAGAAGGCAUGACCACAGACGACAUGGAGAUGAAGGCAUGGUUCCUGAUGACCCCAAAGGGUGGGCGUUGCUUGAUGGAAGCAUGA